AUGAACCAAGUGGUCUUCGAUUCAUCCUUGGGUUGUGCUGUUCAAACUAGAUCAUGUGAUCACUGCUUUCAUCGGAAGAUCAAGUGUGACCGGCGUACUCCAUGUGCGCCUUGCCAAGAGAGCCGCGUAGGAUGCCAAUAUGAGCGGCCUCGAAAGAGACGCCGGUACAUUCGACCGGCGUCCGAUGAUCCGGAUGUUAACUCAAGGGUAGCUUUGGAGAGGCCUAACAUCUUGCACGAAGAUACGGCAGACUGGGUGCCUGUUGAAGACGUUGACGUGAACACUCCUAUAGAGGAGCAGCAACUGCGUCCAGAGUGUAUGAACAAUUCUACACAACUUACUACUGUCUCUUCCGUGCAGCUGGAACCAGAAUACUGGGACUUUGGUAUGGGAGAAUGCUUCUUCUACCCAACCAACCUUUUCGGGGUGGUAGACCUCCCUCCAUGCAUACCAUCGCUCCCACUGAACAUACCCCAAAGUCCCGGACUAUGCCUCUCACCACCACUCCAGCAUCUCUCGAGUCAAAACGGAGUGCUGGAUCGUCUCCUAGAUGACAGCACCAUCCCACAGCUCAUCGACGUAUUCCUAGAGCGCCUACAACAAUCCAUGCCCUUCUUCACCCGCUCAUAUCUUCAUCAAAACAUCGCGCGUCAAAGACAUCUCCAAGAUCGAUCUUUUGGCUCUUUGGUACAAGCCAUUUGCUCGCUGGUCCUUCUACAGCCAGUUCAGAGCCAGGAGAAACGCUCAUGGCCGAACCGUGAAGCAAGAGCUGACGCUCACUUGGCUCUGGCUGUCAACUUACACUCGCAGUCUGAUUUAGGCCAGAGCCCGACUCUGGAGACAAUCAUGACGAGUGUCUUUCUGUUCGCCUGUCAGUUCUGCAAGGGCAAUUUCGAUGCAGCCAGAUUUCGACUUAGGGAGGCCGCAGCUCUAGCCGAGGUGAUGAAUCUCGACAAGCCUGAAUCUUAUGGCCGGAUUGGUGACACAGAAAAACAAAGGAGACUCCGCACAUUGAUUAGCCUCACGAUCAUUGAGAGGAUUUACUCAGUUCAAAGAGACUACAUUCCAGCCACGAAACUACUAAGCCGGAACAAGUUGCAGGAGCUACAAAACGCCAUCGCAUCUUCACAUGAUAGGGGUGAAAGCGAGAACAUCAUUGCCAUGGAAUGCAUCAGCAACAUGCUCGAGCAGGUGGACUUCAUCGAUCCCGAUAUAAUAAAAUGUUGGAAAGGCUUCUGCUGGGAAGAAGAGGCUCCGACACACGUCACCAGAAGCACAAUACUCGCUCUCCUCCGACGCUACCGGAUUCCACCACAAUUUUCCGGACUUUCUGGUGUCGAUACUCAUGCUCAACAUGCAGAUAUUCUUGUUACCAGGCAUUGGAUCAGGAUCAAGCUGUGGUCUUUAGCCAAUAGCCACGGCUACGUUGAAGCCCUAUCUGACGAGGAGGAGUUCCGUCAUGAAUACGCCGUGACCAUUGCCAGCGAGGCUCUUGACACCUGUUUGCAGUUCCAAAUGACUAGUCUCGAAGUACAUGGCAUUGGGCUUGUUGAGAAACUCUCUGAUUUAGCAACUUGUGCAGCACAACAAGUCAACAUAUACUCGCCUAUUCAUGAGUUGCCCAUUCAGUCAGACUUAAACAACCUUGAUCCAAACGGCAUACAACCACAGCAAGACUCUCCGACUUCAACGUCAAGUUCAGGGUCUGUGAAUAAUGGCGCCGAAGAGAUACUUAAUGGCUAUCUCUCGCUGUUUGCGUCUUUUCGGAGAGGGAGACAUCCCUUUCUUAAGCCAUAUAUGCGCCUCUUGCUCCUCAGAGAUUGA